AAAUUUUUCUUUUUUCUGGUUCUUGAGAAAAAAAAAAAAAAAAAAGAAAGAAAGAAAGCAAAACUAAUACCCGAACCAACCCUUGCACACAGUAACAACUGUGACCUUCCCUUCUUCUGCGCAUGUUCUCGGAGCUCCGGCUCCCUUAACGGAGCCCCAGCUCAUUGCCCAUCGAACAUCUCCAUAUUCCCGAUUAAAAGUGCUAACGAUCUCUCCAUUUCCUCUUUUUACUUUCUCAGAUCUUCAAUUUCAUUUUCCGUUUUUGUUUUAAGCAAUGUCAAAGGCGUGGGGCUCCAACGUCGACUGGGCCGCCGAUGUCGAGCGUGAGGAGCAGGAAGCGGCCGCCGAAGCCGCGGCUGCAGCAGCUUAUGGCGAAUCCGCUGAGUCUCAGAACUUCCCAAGCCUGAAAGAGGCUAACACUGCUAAGCCUAAGAAGAAGAAGAUGUCUCUCAACGAGUUCUACGCCUCCUCCAGUGGCUCAGGUGGCGGUCGCGCGGUAGAAUCGAAAGGCUUAACUCCUGAUGAGAUGCUUCGGCUCCCUACUGGUCCUAAGCAGCGUUCCGCUGAGGAAAUGCAGUAUGGCCGUCUCGGUGGCGGGUUUUCCAAUUAUGGGCGGACUGGUCAGCCUCCGGGCCGUAUGCGUGACCGCGAUGACACGGAUGGGGCUUGGGGAGGUGGUAGAAGGCAGUAUGGCGGAUUUGACGAGGAGCGAAGGGGUCCACCUCCUAGGGUUUCCGACUAUGAUCAGCCCUCGCGAGCUGAUGAGAUUGAUAAUUGGGCAAUGAUGAAGAAAUCCCUCCCUUCAUUUGAUUCUGGCCGCCAAAAUCGUUACGGUUCGCUCGGUGGUGGUGGUGGUGGUGGUAUGGGAGGUGGUUCUAGGGCCGAUGAGGUUGAUAAUUGGGGCAGUGCUAAGAAACCGCUUCCUACUAGAUCUACAUUUGGUUCAGGGUUUCGUGAUUCCGGGCCUGAGUCUGAUCGGUGGAGAAGAGGAGGGGUUCGUGAACCUGAGCGGGAGAGGCCUAGAUUGAUUUUAGAACCGCCGAAGGCUGAUGUAGCUGCUAAUGAGACGCCUAAAACAAGUAGGCCAAAUCCGUUUGGGGCAGCGAGGCCGAGAGAACAGGUGUUGGCAGAGAAAGGUUUGGACUGGAAAAAGAUUGAGGUGGAGAUAGAAGCUAAGAAGAUGAGCUCACACUCGAGCAGGCCCGCCAGUGCACACUCGAGCAGGCCUUCUAGUGCGCAUUCAGCCAGGUCAGAGGGGACGGUGCUUCAGCAGGAAUUAGAGAUUGUGGUUUCCAAGCCCAGACCAAAGGUGAAUCCCUUUGGAGAGGCAAAGCCUAGAGAAGUGUUGUUGGAAGAAAGAGGCGAGGAUUGGCGGAAGAUUGAUCUUGAAUUGGAGCAUCGCAGGAUUUACAGGCUACAAACAGAUGAGGAGAAAUUAUUGAAAGAAGAAAUAGAGCAGUUAAAGGAGCACCAGAAAGAACUCACAGUCAAAGGUAAUAGGGAAUCUCAGGAAGGGCCUGUUGAAGACCAACCUAAUUUGCAAGAUAUAAUAUCUCAGAAAGAAAAGAAAUUAGAACAGCUCAUCCGUGAUUGGGAUGACAAAGUUCGAUUUGGGCAGAAAGCCAUCGAAAGGCCAGGUUCUGAGGCAGGGAGGGCUGCUAGUUUCUCUGAGAGACCAUAUUCUCGAUCUGGGUCUUUUGAUGAAUCUAGAAGUAUGGAGUAUGUGGAUAGGCCUCGAUCACGUGGCAGUGGCACACAAGAUAUAUGGAAAAGGCCUGGUGAUGACCGAAGAGAAGGUGGCAGGGAAAGAAGAUUUCUUGGUAGCAGAGACUUUGACAGGUCAAGGUCAAGGGAGAGAUGGUGAGCAACUGAUACUGUAGAUUCAUCGAGUUUAUCUUCAGCUUUUGUUGACCUGAGCCUAAUAAUAUUUUGCCUCACUCGUUUUCCUUUUUUUUUUUUUAUUAAUUUUAAUUGUUCUCUUGUUUUUGCUCUGGUAAAUGGAGCAAGGAUAAUAGAGUACUAUCAUUGGGAACACUUGCGUGUAGUAUUUGGUAGGGAUUGAAAUUUUAAUGAACAGGUGAACACCAUGGGACUUGCUAGUUUAUUUUUGUAAUGAUCAUUUUGAUUGUUACACAGUUAUGUUGCUUCUGUUAUGGAUACGAGGAAGCUGCUUUACUUUA